AUGUCUUCGCCACGUAUUCCUGAAGAGGGGCUGACCUCCCUGGGAGGCGGGCAGCGUAACCAUCUGGUGACGCGGCUCCGCAAGAAGCUGUGGCCUCACCUUCACAAGCGCCCACAAGGGGGCCGAUCGAUGGUAUACCUGGUCGAUGACGACGUCAACGACACCAUUGGAUCUCAGGACUAUUUUGAGGGAUACCAAGAUGCUUUGCGGGAAAUGCUCGCUGACGAAGACUCCAACAUUGAGGAGCCAAGUGAGUCCCCCGCAGUAGGGGGCCUUGAAGCGUCAGAAGACGCCGAUAGCGCCCUGGUCCAUUCCAAUUCGCUGUCGCUCAACUUGCAACAACGCCAGCAAGCAAUCAAUUCAACUCACCCAUUCGGGAUUAAAAUUUGGAAGCCUUCAGUGUAUAAAAAGAAUCGACUGGUGGCUCAACGGGCUGAUGAAGACAUUCACGAUUACCAACACCGCCCCGGGCGUAUCACUUGGAUGGUUACACUUACUAAUUUUAUUUGGAUGUUCACAGUGGGUAUCCUUUUGGGCGGUUUAUGCACUGUGGGGGCGUUUAUUGUAUUGCUUUGUAGUGCGGGUUCCAGUCUGUGCUGGCCUUACGUUACGCUUUUGAUUAAGUUGGGAGGUUAUUUUCUUUGGCCAUUUGGCAAAUUCGUGUUGCUCAAGCGUGACAAGAAUUAUCUUGAUGAAGAUCAAUUAGAUGGUCGCCUGAUUUCGGAAUUUCAUCAAUGGCGGUUGCAAGAGGAAGGCCGGCUUUUCUACGCACCGCCUCGAAGACAAACGGAUGGUCUCCUCAAAGAUCACAAAGGUCGCUCCCUUCAGGAACUGUUUUCAGCUCAAGGGCCAUCUACUCAGCAAAACGCCGAUCAUCAACAAACUUCAGAUGAUGAGGACAACGAAACCGAUUUCAAGCUGCGGUGGUUCGGGCGCGGUCUGUGGCUGGUGGGUCGUUUUGCCUUUUAUCUUUUCUUCUAUUUAAUACUUCAGCCCUGCUUGUACUUGGUGCUGCUUAUUUGUUGGUUAGUUGUUUUCACCAUUCCCAUGGCCAACAUCACUAAUACCCUUUGUGAUCAUUUGAGACGCCAUCCUUUGGCACUUGAUUUCGAACCGGAAGCCUUAUUCUAUCAACAUCGGACGCCCAAAAAUCAACGUCUCUUAAUGUGCACGUAUAAGUGUUGUGGUCUUCAUUACUACAAAUACACUAUUGAUGGUACCAACAUUUUUUUCAUCAACUUGAUUCCCGUGGUUAUCUUUGUUAUAUUGGACUUUUUCGUGUUGAAGGAGAAACUUCACUGGAAAACCUGGUACACCGAUGCGAACUUCAUAUUUUGUGCAUGUCUUUUCUCCAUCAUUCCCUUAGCAUACUUCAUCGGACAAGCAGUCGCAUCAAUUUCAGCCCAAUCCCUGAUGGGAGUGGGUGCAGUUAUUAAUGCCUUUUUUUCUACGGUUGUGGAGAUCUUUUUAUAUUGUGUGGCCCUCAAUCAAGGUAAAGGUAAAUUGGUGGAAGGCUCCAUGAUUGGUCUGAUAUUGGGUGGUGUGUGUUUGUUACCAGGAUUAUCAAUGUGUGGGGGGGCUCUUAAGCGAAAGACUCAACGGUACAACCCUCGCAGUGCUGGGGUCCUGUCCACGAUGCUUCUAUUCGCCAUGGUCAUUAUGUUUGCUCCGUCACUUUUCUACCAGAUCUAUGGCACGUAUGAGCUCCGUUGUAAAUCAUGCGUUGGGUUCAUGGCUGAGAGUCCUGAUUGUAAAAAAUGUCGCUUUAUCCAACCCCUGUUCACACUUGAUAAAUUGUAUUACAAAGUACUUCGGCCGUUUCUGCUUAUUGUGGCAACAGCCUUAUUUCUUGCCUAUGUGUGCGGUCUCUACUUCACGUUAAAGUCGCAUGCACUGUUGAUCUGGGCCACUUCACAUGACAAAAAAGAUGAUGUGGGCGCUACGCCAAUGUUGCCGCCGCAAGUGGGGUCAACGCGUGAGGUGCGAGUGAACAAGCAACUUCCUCCACUGGCAUCUUUCACGGGUUCAUCUCAACGGGUUCCCACUACUCUGGCCAAUCAAACAACUGCUGUCGUAAGUAGCAGCGAAGAUCCAAACACAAGUCAGAUACUCGAGAUUGAGGAGGGUGAAGGUGGUCAUGAUGCUCCCAAUUGGUCCAAGACUAAGUCGACAGUCAUACUUUUACUGGCCACCUUACUUUAUGCUAUCAUUGCUGAGAUACUCGUGGACACUGUUGAUCUGGUGCUUUCAGAUUACCCUAUCGAUCCGAAGUUUUUAGGCUUAACUGUGUUUGCUCUUGUCCCUAACACUACCGAAUUUCUCAAUGCCAUAUCUUUCGCUGUUGGUGGAAAUGUCGCCUUGCUGAUGGAAAUCGGGCUGGCGUACGCAUUACAAGUGGUACUCAUUCAAAUCCCCGCCUUGGUGAUGUAUCUGGUUUACGAAAAUUUUGAUUCUGUGGAUCAAAUUUUCAGUUUGGUAUUUCCCCGGUGGGACAUCAUAGCCACUUUGAUUCUGAUCUAUCUAUUCACUUACAUUUAUGCCGAAGGAAAGUCCAAUUAUUUCAAGGGUUUCAUUUUGAUUCUUGUAUACAUCGUCGUACUAAUCGGCUUUUAUUUCAACGAUUUGCUUGAAAGCGUUGACGAUGGAUAUAUGGCAUUGGCAGAAAUGUUUGAAUUGUCUCAAUCUUUCACCAUAGGAUGA